AUGGCUGGAUUCAUUGCCAUGGUGUCGGUCUUUGUGGUAGUGGUGGUUGAGAUGUUCUUCGCCAUGAAAGGGGCAGGACAUGUGCAUGGAAGUGAGUAUGAUCAGCUGAUUAGCGACGUUGGCCUAGAGGUUCCACAUGACGAUCAUAACCUGGAUUCCCACUACUCGAUGCUUGAAGGACAGGAUUCAGUGGCCAACCACAUUCCGCUGGGCAGAAUUCAGGAAGCCGAACCAAUGCCUAGCACGGCACAGCAGUCCAGCUCUGCGUCAAGGCAUCCUUCAGGUGAGAAUGGGCAAGUGCAUUCGAAGAACACGACAGAGCCAAAGGAAGAAGACGACUUGGACUUUGACGGUUCCAACUCUCGUGAUGUCUCUUAUACCAGUGGGCAGCAGGACUGCCAUUCUCAAGGUCGUCAUUCGCAUGAACCUGAAUUCCGCCCACCGGCGGACACAACCCUACAUUUGCAGAACCCGCAGCGCCAGUUGCUCCAGUGUCUCCUUCUCGAGGCAGGGAUUCUUUUCCAUAGUGUGUUUAUUGGUAUGGCGGUCAGCGUUGCAACGGGAACAUCGUUCCUUGUUCUCCUCGUGGCCAUUUGUUUCCACCAAACCUUUGAAGGGUUUGCCCUUGGGUCACGCAUCGCAUCUCUUAUUCCUGACCUUUUCUCCCCAUCUUCUAUGAAACCAUGGCUUAUGUGUCUUGCGUACGGGAUGACCACACCUAUUGGGCAAGCUAUUGGCUUAAUGUUACACAAUCUAUACGACCCUGCCAGCACGACGGGUCUGCUUAUGGUGGGCAUCACCAAUGCUAUUAGCAGCGGGCUUCUCCUUUUUGCCGGGCUUGUAGAGCUUCUGGCAGAGGAUUUUCUCAGCGAUGCAAGCUAUGCAACGCUGAGGGGUCGGCGACGUGUCGAGGCCUGUAUCGCAGUUGCUAGUGGAGCUGUACUGAUGGCUCUAGUCGGUGCGUUUGCUUAA